AUGCGAGUUGUUGCGACCAGCAAGCACGAGCUAUCGUCGGACUCCGGCGAGCUUCUGUCCGUCGUCGGCCCCCAGGAGGAGUCGCCCGCUGCCACCGCCGCCGCCGCCGCCACCUCCCGCCGGCGGCCCCAGCAGCCCACAGACUGCCGCAGCGCGGGGCCGCACCGACGUGACUUUUCGGCCAAGGAGCUGGCGCUGCAGGCGAAGCGGUACAAGGCCUGGAGGGCGGGCACCGCUCGCGGCGUGGCUAUGUGCCUAACGGUCAAAGACCAGGCCGAGGACCUGCCAGAGUGGGUGGAGUACCAUCUGGGGCUGGGCGCCUCCCACAUCUAUGUCUUUGACACCGGCAGCCGGCCGCCAGUGAAGGGCGUACUGCGGCCGUACUUGAGGGCCGGUGAUGUAACGUACCGCUACAUCAGCGACUUCAAGGCAGCUUCCCAGGACUUGAACGCCACCAAUGACCACCGCUACAAUCCAAAGUACAAGCAGUGGAUUGUCUAUUCAUUGUGCCUGCGUGACUAUGGCACCCGCCACCGCUUCAUGGCUUUCAUUGACUCUGACGAGUUCCUAGUGAUCACCGACGGCACCCCCGACCUGCCCACGCUGCUGGAGCAGUACAGGCGGUACGGCGGCCUGGUGGCCAACUGGCGCAUACUGGGAUCCAGCGGGCACAAGUCGCACCAGGAUAGCACGCUGCUGGCAUACACCAGCUGCUACCCAGAGCAGGCGCCCGCGCAGCGGGCCAUCAAAACCAUAGUGAACACCGCGCUGGCGGUGCAGCCGGCCUCCCCGCAUAACGCGUACUAUGUGGGAGGCUGCCACGCAGUGUCCACAGCAGGGGAGCGGGUGGACGGCUUCUCUUCGGCCCGCAUCCGCUCAGACCGGCUGCUGGUCUACCACUAUGCCACCAAGAGCCUGCAGGAUUUCAAGGCGAAGAUGAAGCGGGGGGGCGGGCUGGGGGUCAUCUUUCGGAAAAUGGACUUCUGGAAGCAAGUGCAGGCGCAUGGCCGGCGGCAGGUAGCCAUCGCCAUCCGGGGCUAUGCCCUGGCAGUGACCAUGUCGCCCCACGAUGCCGCCAGCCUGGCAGCGGCACGUGCCUUCCUGGCGCAGUUCUGA